ACGUGCUUCCUAGAGUGUCAUAUAAUUCAUAACAUUUCUUUUCAUCCACAGCUCCGUUGGGGCAUGUUGUUAAGCAGUUUUGCUUCAGAGAAAAUUGCUUUUUCGUGAAUUUUUUUUCUUUUUCUGUCUUAAAAGUGCUCGUGAGUAGCAGACUGUAAUAAGUUUUAAUACUUUGUUAAUUCAUAUUUAAGCAGGAUGGUGAAACGUAAUCACAAGUAUCAAUCCGGCGAGGGUGCUCAGUACAUGACACGGAAGGCAGCAAUGCGCAAAUUGCAACUUUCAAUGCAGGACUUCCGUCGGUUAUGUAUUUUGAAAGGAAUUUAUCCCCGCGAACCAAAACAUCGAGUUAUUGCCCAACGCGGCAGUACCGAUAUAAAGAUUCUCUUCCACAAAAAAGAUAUAACGUUCCUUCUGCAUGAGCCCAUUGUAUGGACGCUUCGAGAAAGAAAAAUUUUCAACCGACGAAUAGCACACGCACGUGCGAAAGGAAAUAAUCUGCUGAAAAAUGUCCGGAUGGCAAAUUACCCGGAGAUAAAGCUGGAUCACAUUGUCAAGGAGCGAUUUCCAACUUUCAUGGAUGCGAUUAAGGAACUGGAUGAUUGUAUGACAUUGCUGUUUUUAUUCAGUACAUUCCCUGCAACGAAGGUCAUUACUAGGGAUCUUACUUCGUUAGCAAGGCGAUUAACAAUUGAGUUUAUGCAUUAUGUGAUUGCAGCUAAAGCCCUAAGAAAGGUGUUUGUAUCAAUUAAGGGUUACUACUUCCAGGCGGAUAUUAAAGGGGAACUGGUCACCUGGAUUGUUCCUCAUUAUUUUCCCUUCCAGCCACAAAGAAAAGAAUAUGUAGACUUCAAAAUAAUGCGUUCAUUUGCCGACUUCUUUGUUGUGAUGGCUGGUUUUGUUAAUUUCAGACUUUACAAUACACUGAAUUUAGUCUAUCCACCGACAUUUUCUGUUUCGCUAGAUUCUAAAAAUAGUCAAACAAAUGAAGAUACAUUUGUUUCGGAACGAAUCGCUGCUUUGAACAUGGAUUUGUUGCGAUCGGAUAGUGGAACUGUAGACGAAGAAGACGAGGCAAUAGAUUUACAGUUGUUGGAAGGUGAUAAAGACUCUGAUCAGGCAAGAAAGAUUCAGGAGGAAGCGCUAAGUUUGAACAAACUUAAGACUCUUUUCAAAGGAUUGAAGUUUUUCAUCAAUCGAGAGGUACCUCGUGAGCCACUUGUAUUUAUUAUUCGUUGCUUCGGGGGCCGAGUUUCCUGGGAUAGAAAUCUCUUUGUGGGCGCUACUUUUGAUGAAACAGAUGAAACCAUCACCCAUCAAAUUAUAGAUCGACCAAGUCUUAGCCAGCAGUACAUUUCUCGGGACUACGUGCAACCGCAGUGGAUUUUUGAUAGUGUUAAUCAGAGAAAGCUUUUGCCAACAAACAAGUACUUUGUUGGGGCAGUUCUGCCGCCACAUCUGUCACCGUUCCAUAAUGAUUCAAUAUAUGUUCCACCGGAGGAAGCCUCCUUGCAGGAGGGUAACGAAUUUGAGAAGCAAGACCGCGAGGAUGGAAUAUCUGAUGACGAAGAUGAUAAUACAGAUCAGCACCGUUUAGAGGAAGAAACCGCUCGGAAGCAGGUUCAGCUUGAUUAUGCUUUGGAAAAAGCAUUCCGAGAAGAAAAUUCAGAAGUUUAUACCUCCAGCGAUAAAGCAGAGGACAAGUCCAAAAAAGAUGAGGAACAUUCAGGCGAGGAAGAUACUAAAAGGAAGGAGAAAAAGAAAAAGAUGGCCGUGGUAAGCGGAAAGAUUUUCAAAGAAAAUCCAAAAGAACAGAAACAGUUAACCAAACAGGAGGAAGCGUUGCGAGCGAAAAUGGUCAAGUCCCGACACAAGAAGCUUUACCGCAAGAUGAUGGACAAACAGAAGAAGGCAACCAAGGAAGCGAACCUUCUGAAGGAAAAGCGACAGCAGAUCGACAAACAAAAACGACUGGCACAGACGGAAAAGCGGAAGACAGAGAGAAAAAAUAUUUUGGCCAAAUAGAGGUCAUGCAUAAGUUUUAUCACUUAUUCGUAUUAUAUGAAUAAAUAAUAUGUUAAAAAUA